ACAGUAGAUCUCACACAUCUGGACAGUAGAUCUGGACAGUAGAUCUCACAUCUGGACAGUAGAUCUCACACAUCUGGACAGUAGAUCUGGCACAUCUGGACAGUUGAUCCGGACAGCAGGCCAUGGAGUCGCUCAGCUCCACCAAAGGGCUUUUUUCCCCUGCUGUUACAGUGGGCGCGGUAAAGACGGAGGGGGCAGAACUGGACUGUUCUGCCUCCGAGGCUUUGGACCCGGCCGGGCCGUGCAGCGAGAGGCCCAGGGGUGUGGAAGACGCUGCCGGGACCAGCCUCGGCUUGAACAUUGUAAAGGUUGAGCCGGAAGAACUGGACUGUAUCAAGCGUGAACAACUCGCCAAUGACCUAAUCAAAGCGGAAACUGCAGAGCGAGGCUUUGUGAAACCGGACGAAGUUGCCGUCGGUGAGCCUGGUGACCAUUCUAUCGGCCCGGCGCACGGUGAACCCCACCUGUGGAUCCCCCACGUUGAGAACGGGACGCACGGUCGACAGGUGUAUUCGGUGGAGAUCCCGUAUUUCUGCACUGUGUGCAGCGAGACGUUUUGCGAUUUCCAAAGUUUAAAAGACCACCAGCGACUUCACACGGGCGAGAAAACGCACAUCUGCACAGAAUGUGGGAAGAAUUUCAAGUCCUCAAAAAUCCUUGUGAUACACAAGCGCAUUCACACUGGAGAGAAACCAUACAGUUGCACUGACUGUGGAAAGAGUUUUGGGCGGUUAGGAAGCUUAAAGACUCAUCAACGAAUUCACACAGGAGAGAAACCGUACUCCUGCGCAGAAUGUGGUAGAUGUUUCAAUCAACUAGAGCACUUAAAGUCACAUUAUCAAAUUCACACCGGAAAGAAACCAUACCCUUGUACACAGUGUGGGAUGAAUUUCGGCCAUUUAGGAACCUUAAGAAAUCACUUGCGCACUCACACGGGAGAGAAACCGUACUCUUGUGCAGAGUGCGGAAAGAGUUUUUCGCAGUUGGGAACCUUAAAGACUCAUCAGCGUAUUCAUUCAGGAGAGAAACCGCACUCUUGCUCAGAAUGUGGGCGGCGCUUCAAUCAGUUGGAACACUUGCGGACUCAUCAGAGAACUCACACCGGAGAGAAACCGUAUCCUUGCAAGGACUGUGGGAAAUGCUUUAACCAGCUGGAGCACUUGCGAACACACCUGCGAACUCACACGGGGGAGAAGCCGUACUCCUGCACCGAAUGCGGAAAGAGUUUCGGCGCAUUCGGAACUUUCAGAGACCACCAGAAAAUCCACACCGGAGAGAAACCGUACGUUUGCACCGAGUGUGGAAAGAGCUUCAAACAGAUGGAAAGCUUGACGAGGCACCAGAGGACUCACACCGGGGAGAAACCGUACGGCUGCUCCGUCUGCGGAAAGCGGUUCAGUCAGUCGUGGAACCUGAAGGUUCAUCAGCGGAAUCACAAGAAAGAGCCCGCUGAACCCAGGAGUGCUGACAGUGUUCAGUGACUGAACGCCACACGAGCAAAGGCCUCCCACUGUGCACUCUGUCGGGCGGCCUGUAGCGUAGUGGUUAAGGUAAAGGACUGGGACACACAAGACACUUAAGUCCGCGGCAGUCGUGAAACGGACACUUAACGCCGCCAAGACAGACGCCCGGCGGGCAGACCAAGCGGCCAAACCCAGGCCUCGUUUCUGAGGCUCACUUCCUGGUCUUGAUGAUGGUGCUCUCUAGCGCCAGUGGGUCUGGACCCAGAACGGGUGUUCCAGCCAGCAGAUUCAAUGCAAGUCUAUGAUAAUAGUACUGUCAAAAUAUGAAGUCAAUAAUUUGUGUUGUCUAAUGUCUCCCCAUGUGCGGACUGAAGGUGUUGUGUUAUUUGGACAGUAUUUUAAAGGUUCCAUUUUGUGGGAACUUAUAUUUCCUUUGCUAUGUGGAUUAUGAAUGAGUUGAAGGUGCUAUACAGACACUGUGAAAGUAUCAAAACGCACAGUCCCAGAAGAAAUCCCAAAAAAAAAAAAACCCUGUUCACAAGCCCAUGUUGAAGUCACUGGGUGACGUCACAGACACUUAGUCCAUGUUUUCUACAGUCUGUGGAGCAGACGUGUGUGGUAUCGACUAAUCACUGUGUUUUUCUAGAGCAGGGGCGCACUGCAAGGGCCUAACCAUUUCAGGACUUUCUGUCAACUUCUGUUCUUAAUUAACUCAACUGUUUCUGACGUUUCAUUGGAAUGCAGACUGUAACUGCAUCCGAAAGAUUUUACUGUGCUCAGGUAGACCUUCCGGAGUGUAUCAGUUAUGCAUUGGAUAGGCCUGUCAGAAAACUGAAACUCGUAAUUGGUUGGAACAAAGAGAGCUCCAGGGUGUGCCGAUUUACGUUUUUGCUUUAAAAUCGGGCAGAAACCAUUCAGACCCACGAAACCCAUGCGAGGGGAGUUUGCUGUGGUAUUGUGUAACUGUGUAAUUAACUGCUUUAAUUGAUCGAUUAAGUGCUGAGUAACGACACAUCCAGUACUCAACAUGGCCACCACGCGAGAUCCAGUGUUUGUAACUGUCGAGUGGCCAGACAAAGUGGUAUUCUCUAACCAAUCAGGUGCCAGCAGUGUUCUGUGUGGCAUUGAUCCGUAACAGCUGGCUUUUCAGAAAAUUAGUGUAGAAGUAAAAAGGAGAAAUUUUGGGGUGUCGACCAUUUUCUGACUGGAUAUUUGAUUGACAGUGUAUGUCAUAGAGGUAACUUGAAAAGGGAACUGUGACAUCACGAUUGGGGCGGGGCCAGAGUGGACUAUUAAAAGCUUCUUUUAUUUUUAUUUUCAAAAAUGUAUAGGGCAGAAUUUAAUGCCAAAAUGAUAUUUCAUAAAUGUUGAAAUAAUGGCAUGGAUUAAAUGUUAAACUCUUCAAACAUUUUGGGGGGGGGGGGGCGACAUGGCUCAGGCAGUAAGAGCAGUUGUCUGGCAGUCGGAGGGUUGCCGGUUCAAUCCCCCGCCCGAGCUGUGUCGAAGUGUCCCUGAGCAAGAAGCACCUAACCCCCAAAUGCUCCUGACGAGCUGGUCGGCGCCUUGCAUGGCAGCCAAUCGCCGUCGGUGUGUGAGUGUGCGUAUGAAUGGGUGAAUGGAGAAGCAUCAAUUGUACAGCGCUUUGGAUAAAGGCACUAUAUAAAUGCAGACCAAUUUACCUUUUAUUUUUCCACCUUAAAAACAUAAUUUGGAGGUUUUCUAUGGAGGAGGCUGGAUGGUGGGCUGUGAUAUCAUUGUAUCUUAUGAUUAUAGAAGAAGAUUAUAGAUUAUAGAAGAAAUCACUGGUUGUGACAAGUUUCUGUAAAUGUAUUUACAGUUCACUGUUUUUUGUUCUGCGGAUUGAUGUAUAUGCGCUAAGUUUAUCUAGUUUGUUUUAUAUAUAUAUGUAUAUACACUGUAUAUGUGCAUGAAAUGUAAUCUAUAUUCCAUAGACGAAUAUGUUGGAAAGAAGUGUUGAACACUUUAACAUGU